CUUUUGUACAAUACCUAUUUUUAUUUUUAUCUGCAAAUUUUUAAAGGAUAGAUGCAUUCAGAGUAUAAACAACAAAAAACAAUAUACUUGUAGCAAAAUUUUGACAAUCAAGUACACCUUUAAAUUUUUCUUAAAAAUUUUUGAAUUAAUUUUGAUUUUUCAAAAUGCCGGAUAAAGAGUUUUUUGAUUUUUUAUCACAAACAAUUGGAAGAUGUGAAACACGUUUUGAAAGAUAUUUAAUACCUUCCCUUUCAAAGCCAAAACGAAUAGAAUGUAUUUGUAAAGAUGAUAAUGAGAAAAAGAGCGCAGCACAGGUUCAACCCUCACCGCAAAAAAGUCAAUCAAAUAUCGAAGAAUACCAAGAAGAUCUUCGAAUAAUAAAUGCAGCCAAAAAUUUUGAAGCACUCACAGAUGUAACCAAUAUCGACAAUCCCAAAAUCGUGAUAUGGCAGUAUAUGACUAAGAAAGAACUCGAAAACUUUUUAUCCAUUAAUGACCCGAUAGCAAUAGAACAAAUUAUUGAGGAAAAGUUAGGAUCAGAAUUUAUAAAGGGAACAUGUAGAAAAAUGUUUGUCGAAUUAAUUAAAAGUGCAACAGACUUUUGUAAAGACUAUGGAUUUACUGUGGAAGAAACUGGUUCAAUUUUAUCUAUAUUUUAUUUAUCGCACCGCUACUUUACAUCGUCAUUGUAUAGAACUGCUCAAGAAGUCUAUAAUUAUUUCAAAGAAUUUUUAUUCUGCGUCUCUAUUUCAUGUCCUCCAGAAAGCAUUAAACUCUUAGACACUGCAAAAAGUCGAGAAGUAUUAAAUUUUUUUUGUCGAAUUUAUUUGCGUAAUUUACCCUUAAUACGUUUACUGUGUAUCCCCAAUUACGGGUUUUUUAUGGACUAUCACGUAGAAAUCGACGAACUAGAAGAACUUAUUAAAGAAGUGAAAAACAAAAUUAAACCGGGCAAAGGUGGUAAAAAAGACAAGAAAAAAGGUGGGAAGAAAAAAUAAGUCUUUGUUGUUAAUAAAUUGCAAGUUUUGAGUUAUUGUUAUAUAGGCAGGACAGAAAACCGAAAAUAAAAUCAAAAUAA